AUGGGCACUAUUUAUAAUCGUGCCACUCGAGUUAUUGCUUGGCUUGCUUUUGAGGGGGCCACAAGCAGCAUUGAAGACAGGGCUUUUGAAGAUGAAAUCGCGAGCGCCUUCCCCUUUAUCGGCCUCUAUGGCAAAGAGGCCAAGGAUUCUAUAGCGGGUACUGUUUCUCUCAUUUCAUCAACUAUCAACGAACAAGGCUCUCUUGGUUAUCUCAAAGCAGGGAGAGAUGCUUGUAGAACUACACUAAAGCUCUUCAAACAAACCUAUUGGACCAGGUUGUGGAUCAUACAGGAGAUUGUCCUUGCUCGCCGAAUACUGGUGUGUUUCAACAGUCAUCAGCUCGAAUGGGACGAUCUGGUUCAUUUCUGUUUCUUCCCUCCUAACCUUGGAUCUGGGAAUUCAGGCAAUCUCAGCUCUUACUCCGUAUUGUGCAGACUUAAGGAUACAACUGCAUCGAAUAUAUUGGAACAUAGAGGGGCGACUUCCCCACUCGCUCCCAUUGACAGCGCCAGUAAUGAUUUCGGUUCGAGUACUGUUAAGAACUACCACCGUACCUUAUUUGGUCUGUUUGAACGCUACGGAAGCUCCUCUUGUGCUGAUAUCCGCGAUAAGGUCUUCGGCCUAAGAAGUUUGAGUCUGCCUUGUUGUCAGUCUAGUCUACCUGUGGACUACUCGAAAAGUGGGGCAAAGAUCUAUGCGUCGCUAUUGAAUCACUCUUUCUCUCCACAUCGACAUGAGAUGAUGGCUGUCAGCAAGCAGUCUCGAAAAUUCUACCACAAACUCAGGGAGGGGUCCAUGCUCUUCGGUUUCGAUAACGUUCUGCCAAAUAUCGGACCUCUGAACCAGCUCGAGCGUCCAAUUUUGCCUUAUAUUGGUAUGAAUUCGGUUGUAGGUCUUGAGUGUAGAGCAGUUGGGCUUUGGACUUGGAUGAAUGGGCGUGACUUUGGUAAUGUUGUAGUUGAGGAGGAGGUAUUGUUAGAAAGGGUUGAUGGAAGCCUUUGCACAAAGACUGGAUUCUUGGAGAUGAACAAGUGGGAACAGGGGAGCUCCCAACAAAAACGUGGCUCUAAUGGAGUACUGUUCCAAAUCAACAACUUGGAAUUUCUUCUCGUGCCUCACAGAUAUCCUUCGCAAAUUCAGAGAAUAGUGAGCGAGGAUCCCAAGAAAGGAGGUGCGCUUGAGCAAUGGUCCAGAAGAGGAUGGAAUAGGAGAGAGACCCCCAUGUGGCUUAACGAUCCGACGUUCAAAGGUGUUUGCCAGCUUGCAUUCACAACUUGCUUUUGGUGCCCUCUAGCGGAGGUCUCAAGAUUCAUGCCAGACUUGAAGUCUUCAAUGGUCAAUGAGCCACGGGACUCGGGACAUUUGAAACAGGUGGAAGGCGUAUGGCCUACUCCAGAAAUUCUGAGCUUCGUCAAACGUUUCAUCCUGAGUCGCGGCUAAACCCUGCAUUGUCUGACAGGUGGGAGACUGCAAUCUCUCAGAAAUAGAGACUCUUCUCCAGUUUCUUCAACUAAGACAUUC